GACCUUUCCCAAGCUAAAGCCAUCGGUUCCGAGGCCACGCCAACUAGUCUAUUCCAUCAUCGUCUUCCUCUGUUAUUUCAUUUUUCUUUUUCAACAAUCUUUCACCAAAAUUUCUGUUUGGCUUGGAGGUAGCUAUUACCGCUUUCAAUCAAACCACCACAGAUGGGUUCAUCUUCUCUAAUUUGCGACAGCGAGUCAUGGAAGGAUUUGAAGUUCCAUGUUGAGGAUAUUAAGAAGACUCAUUUGCGCGAAUUGAUGGCCGAUACUGAACGUUGCAAGUCAAUGAUGGUCGAGUUUGAUGGUAACCUGCUUGACUACUCAAGACAGAGAGCCACUCUUGACACCCUGAACAAGCUCUUGAGUUUAGCAGAGGCAGCACAUGUUAAAGACAAGAUUAACAGGAUGUUCAAUGGGGAGCGGAUAAACAGCACAGAGAAUAGGUCUGUCCUUCACGUAGCACUCCGUGCUCCUAGGGAUGCAGUUAUUAAAAGUGAUGGGAAGAAUGUGGUUCCUGAUGUGUGGGGAGUGCUUGACAAGAUCCGGGAGUUUUCUGAGAGGGUCCGCAGUGGUGCUUGGGUUGGAGCCACGGGAAAGCCACUGAAAGAUGUUGUUGCUAUUGGCAUUGGUGGUAGCUUUUUGGGCCCUUUGUUUGUCCAUACCGCCCUUCAGACAGAUUCAGAGGCUAUUGAAUCUGCCAAGGGACGCCAGCUUCGUUUUCUUGCCAAUGUUGAUCCCAUUGACGUUGCAAGAAAUAUUGCAGGCCUGAGCCCUGAAACGACCCUAGUUGUGGUGGUUUCAAAGACAUUUACUACAGCUGAGACUAUGCUGAAUGCUCGGACACUCAGGGAAUGGAUUUCAUCUGCAUUGGGUCCUCAGGCAGUUGCCAAGCAUAUGGUGGCUGUUAGUACAAACCUAACGCUCGUAGAAAAGUUUGGGAUUGAUCCAAAUAAUGCUUUUGCUUUCUGGGACUGGGUGGGGGGCCGAUAUAGUGUGUGCAGUGCUGUUGGAGUGUUGCCUCUGUCGCUGCAAUACGGUUUCUCAAUUGUUGAGAAGUUCCUGAAGGGAGCAUGGAGUGUUGAUCAGCAUUUCUAUUCGGCACCUUUUGAGAAGAAUAUACCUGUUCUGUUGGGAUUGUUGAGCGUGUGGAAUGUUUCAUUCCUUGGCUAUCCUGCAAGAGCCAUUUUACCUUAUUCUCAAGCAUUGGAAAAACUUGCACCCCACAUUCAACAGGUUAGCAUGGAGAGCAAUGGCAAAGGGGUAUCUAUUGACGGUGUGCCACUUCCCUAUGAGACUGGUGAAAUUGAUUUUGGUGAACCAGGGACAAACGGUCAGCACAGUUUUUACCAGUUAAUUCACCAGGGCCGUGUUAUUCCUUGCGACUUUAUUGGCAUUGUCAAGAGUCAGCAACCUGUAUACUUGGAAGGUGAAGUUGUGAGUAAUCAUGAUGAGCUCAUGUCAAACUUCUUUGCACAGCCUGAUGCUCUUGCUUAUGGGAAGACCGCAGAACAGUUACUCAAGGAAAAUGUUCCCCAGCAUCUAGUUCCCCACAAGACUUUUUGUGGAAAUCGACCUUCUAUCAGUUUACUUCUCCCAUCACUAAGUGCUUAUAACAUUGGGCAGUUACUGGCAAUCUACGAACACAGGAUUGCUGUAGAGGGCUUUGUAUGGGGUAUUAAUUCUUUCGACCAGUGGGGAGUGGAGUUGGGAAAGUCGCUGGCCUCUCAAGUUAGAAAACAACUUCAUGUGUCGCGCAGGAAAGGAGAACCAAUUGAGGGUUUCAAUUUCAGCACUACCACAGUGCUUUCAAGAUACCUACAGGCAAGUGCUGAUGUUCCAUCUGAUCCUUCCACUCUCCUGCCAAAGAUGUAGAGUGGCACUGGCGGCUGAAGCAAUUGUUGCCACUUUGAGAGAUAAAUGCACCUUGUUUUACCAACUAAUGGUUGUUAAAUUGCGCCAGAGUUUGGAUUUCCUCUUCAUGCAUAUCAUUUUGAAUGACUCAAUCACCGGUCAGUAUAAACUGUUGGUGGCAGUCUUCCAUAAGCCACCUCCAUGGAAGUCUAAGAUCUAACUUGGAAAUGUGGAUGUAUAAAAUAUUGUGCUCUCUGAGUUCCUCUAGUAGGCAUGCUAACAUGAGUACAGGACCAUCUUGAUGGUUGGAAUAAAAAUAUGUUGUUUGGUUUCCCUUGCUAAACACUUUCCUGUCGUGUGGUCCGAAGUAUUACUAAGCUCAUCUUUAUGCAAUGUAAGAGGUGGUCCUUUGUAUGAAUAAAUUUUUGAGUAUCAAUAACUAGUUGAGUAUCAAUGUACGAGGUGGUCCUUUGUAUC